GAAGUUGCUGCCUCGGUCUCUGCAGCUUCUGUUUCAGCUGCCGCCGGGGUCGCCGCGGAACUGUGCGACUAGAACGGCUGAGGCGUGCUCGGAAGGUGCCGGCGUUCCGGCCACUCUGCAGAAUGGAGAUAAUCAGGAGCAGAGUUCGUGGGCAGAAAGCCAGGCCAGCGGUUCUGAGCCUCUUCUCGGUUUCUCCGCAGAUUUUAAGGCUAAUCUUCACAAAGUGUACCAGGCCAUAGAGGAGGCCGACUUCUUCGCCAUCGAUGGGGAGUUUUCAGGGAUCAGUGAUGGACCUUCGGUUACUGCAUUGACAAAUGGUUUUGACACUCCAGAAGAAAGGUAUCAGAAGCUUAAAAAGCAUUCCAUGGACUUUUUGCUGUUUCAGUUUGGCCUUUGCACUUUUAAAUAUGACUACACAGACGCAAAGUAUGUAACAAAGUCAUUUAACUUCUAUGUUUUCCCAAAACCCUUCAAUAGAUCCUCACCAGAUGUCAAGUUCGUUUGUCAGAGCUCAAGCAUUGACUUUCUAGCAAGCCAAGGAUUUGAUUUUAAUAAAGUUUUCCGUAAUGGAAUUCCAUAUUUAAAUCAGGAAGAAGAAAGACAGUUAAGAGAGCAGCAUGAUGAAAAACGUUUACAGUCCAACGGUGCAGGAACUCUCUCAUAUGUAUCUCCUAACACUUCCAAAUGUCCUGUGACAAUUCCGGAGGACCAGAAGAAGUUUAUUGACCAAGUGGUAGAGAAAAUAGAAGAUUUAUUACAAAGUGAAGAAAACAAGAACUUGGAUCUAGAGCCAUGUACUGGGUUCCAAAGAAAACUAAUUUAUCAGACGCUGAGCUGGAAAUAUCCCAAGGGCAUUCAUGUUGAGACUUUAGAAACUGAAAAGAAAGAGCGAUAUAUCGUUAUCAGCAAAGUAGACGAAGAAGAACGCAAAAGAAGAGAGCAGCAGAAACAAGCCAAAGAACAGGAAGAACUGAAUGAUGCUGUUGGUUUUUCUAGAGUCAUUCAUGCCAUUGCUAAUUCGGGAAAACUCGUCAUUGGACACAACAUGCUUUUGGAUGUCAUGCACACAGUCCAUCAGUUCUACUGCCCUCUGCCUACGGACUUAAAUGAGUUUAAGGAGAUGACAACAUGUGUUUUCCCCAGACUCUUGGAUACUAAAUUGAUGGCCAGCACACAGCCUUUUAAGGAUAUCAUUAACAACACAUCCCUUGCAGAAUUGGAAAAGCGUUUAAAAGAGACACCUUUCAACCCUCCUAAAGUUGAAAGUGCAGAAGGUUUUCCAAGUUACGAUACUGCUUCUGAACAGCUCCACGAGGCAGGCUAUGAUGCUUAUAUCACGGGACUGUGUUUCAUCUCCAUGGCAAGCUACUUAGGUUCUUUUCUUAGUCCUCCGAAAAUUCACGUCUCUGCCAGAUCAAAACUCAUUGAACCUUUUUUUAACAAGUUAUUUCUUAUGAGAGUUAUGGAUAUCCCCUAUCUAAACUUGGAAGGACCAGACUUGCAGCCUAAACGCGAUCAUGUUCUCCAUGUGACCUUCCCCAAAGAGUGGAAAACCAGCGACCUUUACCAGCUUUUCAGUGCCUUUGGUAACAUUCAGAUAUCCUGGAUUGAUGACACGUCAGCAUUUGUUUCUCUGAGCCAGCCUGAACAAGUACAAAUUGCUGUCAAUACCAGCAAAUACGCAGAAAGCUAUCGGAUCCAGACCUAUGCUGACUAUGUGGGGAAAAAACAUGAGGAGAAGCAGAUCAAGAGAAAGUGGACAGAAGAUAAUUGGAAGGAAGUUGAGAGAAAGCAGUUAAACACUAAGUGCAUAUCCUAUGCUCUGCAGAACCACUAUUACCGCACCAAUAGUCUUACGGCCACCAGCACAGUAAGGAAGAGAAAUCUGAGUCCCACUCAAACAGAAGCUGGCCCAGAGGCCAGGGAAACAGGGGAGAUUUCUGACACUGAGCUUGAGCAGGCAGAUUCCUGUGCAGAAGUACUUUCAGAGGGAAGGAAAAAAGCCAAGAAAUUAAAAAGAAUGAAGAAGGACCUUUCUCCAGCAGCCAGCCCCAUCUGGAAGCAGGUGAUCCUUCUCCUGGCAUGCUGUCAGGUCGAUAGUAGCCUAAUACCACACCCAAUGCCUACAUCAUUCCCUUUGCUCCAUCCCACCACGUAGGCAUUUUGCCAUCUCACAUCAUCAUGAGAAGGGAAGCAUCUCGAACAGCUCUUCCAAGCUCUUUGAAGUUCCUGACACCUGGUAACCAAGGCCCGAGUGACACAAGUCGCUGGUGCUAUUGCUGGGAAGGAACCAGUCAGCAUGUGCGGAAGCCAUAAUGUAUCUAAUUUAAUGAAAUGUGGUAUGGGAGGGGUUUGCAACCAAGUAUGUCUCCUGAAAAAAAUCCAGGUUUUAUUUUUGUGGCUGUGUUUCUUUUCUUCCUUUUUAAUGUCAACUGUCUGCUGACAGCGUGGCUGUAGGCUGUCAUGAAUGUGGACACUAUUAACCAGUUCAUUAAUUGUUGCGCACGUGAAACCUUCCCUGUCAUGAAUCAGUGUGUUUAAGCAUCCACCUGACGGGGAAUGCGGGCUGUGGAAUACACAGAAAGAGCCAAUGUUCCUGGAUGCUGCAGUCAUGAAUCUGGAGUUUAGAGGUUCUUGUCCAUCGUCAGGUGCUCAGAUCUGGGGGAGGCCGCAGGACGUGGUUACGGUCUCCCAGUGGAGAAAUCGGCUGUGUCUUUCCUGCUCCCCACCAUACCUGCUUGAAAAUAUUAAGCUCUCAAGUUUGUUUUUCCAGUAGGAAAAUGUCUACCACUGUCAACCCAUAAAAGAGCUUAACAUAUGCCUUGGUAUUUGGGGCAUAUUUAGAGUCCUUUUUCCUAAGAUGUGAGUUUCUCACAGCAGACUGUACAAGUAAAAGUCAACUUCUGUUAGUACAUGUAGUGCUGUGUUCAAGCUUUUGUGUCUUAGCCUGGUCAUAUUCUCUGGGUGGCUGUCUGGGGGUAAAUGGUGUGUGCGUAUGUGUGUGUGAAGUCAUGACAAAUUAUAACAUGUACCAGCCUUUUCUCUGUUGCAACAGAUCACAACAGUGACAGAAUUUCCUGGAUCUACUUCAGUAGAUCUACUUCAUUUAGAUCAUUGUUAGAUAUUUAACAUUUUUGUAUCAUGGAAAUAAAAAUGAAAAAUGUAUUUCCAAAAGAUGAAAAUUAAAGAAAUUUUCCUAGGA